AUGGCUCGACGACCAGCUAGAUGUUACAGAUAUUGUAAAAACAAACCGUUCCCAAAAUCUAGGUUUAAUAGAGGAGUUCCGGAUCCAAAGAUCAAAAUUUUUGAUCUAGGACGGAAAAAAGCAUCUGUUAAUGAGUUUCCUUUAUGUGUUCAUUUAGUAAGCGGCGAAUAUGAACAACUUAGUAGCGAAGCACUAGAGGCUGCACGAAUCUGUGCAAACAAGUAUUUAACAAAAAAUGCAGGAAAAGAGGCAUUUCAUUUGCGUGUACGACCUCAUCCUUUCCAUGUUGUUCGUAUUAAUAAAAUGUUAUCAUGCGCUGGUGCAGAUCGCCUGCAAACGGGAAUGCGUGGUGCUUGGGGAAAACCUAAUGGGACUGUUGCUCGUGUAAAUAUCGGGCAGAUUCUCUUUUCUGUCCGAUGCAAAGACUCUAACAAACAUAUUGCCAUCGAAGCCCUUCGUCGAUGUCAAUAUAAGUUUCCAGGCAGACAAAAAAUUAUCGUUAGCAAAAACUGGGGCUUUACUCCUCUGGAUCGUGAAACAUAUAUCGAAAAAUGUAAAAAUGGGGAAGUUAAACAAGAUGGUUGCUAUGUUAAAUUUCUUUCUAAACAUGGAAAUCUUGAUACAAAUAUACGCGAAUUUCCUAAUUUCAACAUUGUAACAUAAUUUUAAGUAAAUUUUUAAAUUAUUUU